GAAAGCGGGAGGACGGUUCGAGUACCAGCUGCCCAUUACAGGUCCUUUACUCCUGAACUUUUGGACUUUUGGACUAGUAAACUUGUUUUUUCUGCAAUCAUGAAUCCGCCCUGUGGGAGAUGCAAUAAACCAGUUUACCCAACAGAAAAAAUAAACUGCCUUGAUAAGUAUUGGCACAAAGGUUGUUUCAGCUGUGAGGUCUGCAAGAUGGCCUUGAGCAUGACGAACUACAAAGGCUUUGAGAAGAAACCUUACUGCACUAUGCAUUACCCCAAAACCUCCUUCACCAUAGUGACCGACACCCCCGAGAAUCUGCGUCUCAAACAACAGAGCAUGCUUAAUAGUCAGGCGCUCUAUAAGGAGGAGUUUGAAAAGAACAAGGGGAAAGGUUUCAGCGCCGUGGCUGACACUCCAGAGAUGCAGAGAGUGAAGAAGACACAGGACCAGAUCAGUAACAUAAAGUACCAUGAAGAAUUUGAGAAGAGCAAGAUUCGAAGUGACGCGCCUCCUCCGGAAAAUAGGCAAGACUACGAGGACCAGCCAUCCAACCCUGUCAGUGACUUCGGUCAGUCUGCUGGACAAAUGCGUACUGCUGCUGUAGCGCCACACAGUGGAGGGAAGCGCUACCAGGCCAUGUACAGCUACAUGGCAGCUGAAGCGGAUGAGCUUUCUCUGCAGGAAGGUGAUCUGAUCUUAGAUGUGGAGCCGAUAGACGAGGGAUGGGUGUUCGGCUUUAACCAGCGCACUGGUCCUCUCUAA